ACGGUUGAGUUGAAAAAAACAGUAAAUGGUCUAAAUAAAGCACUCAGUGACUGAAGAUCCAGUGAUCUGAACAUCUCGGCCUCAGUCAUCAUGACACAAACAAUGACGGUGUUUGUCGCGGCUCUGCUCUCUGUUUUCACGGCGUCUGUUGUUUGUGGAUUCAAACCAUUCGACUGUUCUGACGUCUAUAAAUCAGGACAAACAGUCAGUGGGAUUUACUCCAUCUAUCCAGCAGGUGAUGUUCCUGUUUGGGUUUAUUGUCAGAUGAUCUCAGAUGGGAAAAAUGAAGACAACGGAGGAUGGACGGUGAUUCAGAGGAGAAUGGACGGCAGUAUUAAUUUCUAUCAGCCGUGGGAAAAGUACAAGAAAGGAUUCGGGGCCACCGAGGGCGAAUACUGGCUGGGGCUGGAGUACAUGUAUGAGCUGACACGCAACAGGAAGUACAUGCUGAGAGUGGAUCUGGAGGACUUUGAAGGAAGGAAAGGUUUUGCUCUGUACUCGUCCUUCUCUGUGGGUCCUGAAGCUGACGGGUAUACGCUACAAGUUUCGGGGUUCAAGGAUGGAGGAGUUGGCGACUCGUUGAGCUACCACAAUAACCAGAAGUUCUCCACCUUUGACAAUGACCAAGAUGCCUAUGGAAAUAACUGUGCUAAAGAGAAUCUGGGAGCAUUUUGGUACAAAUUCUGUCACACCGCAAACCCCAAUGGCAUGUACUUAUGGGGAGAAGACGACACCUAUUCCGGGAUUGGUGUUGUUUGGUCAACCUGGAAAAACAGUUUCACUGUCAGCAUGAAAUCCAUCAGCAUGAAGAUCAAACAUGUGCUGUAGAAACAGUGUGUUUAAGGUUUUGCUUUUCUUUCUUAACUGUGCAACUGAGUAAACCAAUAAUGUUUUCUUCAUUUUUGGUCCGAAAAGCAUUUCCUAAUAAAACGAGUCAACACUUGCA